AAUUUAACAAAAAUGUAAUUGUAAAUGAAGUAAGAUUAUUAAGAUGUGAACAUAUGACUUCUUGUGUGUGUGUAUUGGUAGGUUUUUCUUUAAAUGUUCUUUGAAAAUGCAAAGGUUGAAAGCUAAACAAAGAUGCCACCCUAAUCUUUCUAAAUUUUAUGUCCACAUUAUCUGGUAGAUGGAUUUUGACUAUUAAUUUGGUUUUGUAUGUUUUCUCUGUGUGAUAUUUGUGCAUUAUUAGAUGACUAGACUGGCCAAGGCAGACCUGUUACACUUGCCUGAGUUAGGCAUUGUUUGCCAUGCCACUAAACCUGCCGCCAAGUGAAACCUUCAUGGGGGAAAUGAGAUCGAAGUCUGACCUGCUGAAGAUGGACGCCCUGUCUCUGUUUUUAUUUUAUUUUGCUUUUUUCCUUUGUUUCUUUUAUUUUUUAUUUUAUUUUGUCCCUUUUUUGUUUUGUUCUGUUAAAUCUCUUUCCCUUGUACUUGUGAACUGGUACUUCAGUUCUGUAAAAUGAUGUUUGUAAAGGGUUCACAGUGUUUGAUUUUGAAGUUGACCUGAAGCUGCUUAUGAAUGGUGGAUGGUAUACAGAGAAUUGAGAAUACGUUUGGGUUUUAAUGGUCUGGAUUAAGGAUAAAUUUGAUUUGGAAUUUGUUAAAGCAGCUAAAUUCAGCAGAUGAGUACAUUAUGUCAGAAGACAGGAAUAGUGAAAAAGUUAUCAGUUUAGAGAUAUAUUCUUUCAUAUGUUGUGCUUUAUGAGUUUAUCUUGGAAAAGGACAGUUAAAACUUAUUUCUGGAGAAAGCAAGUUUAGAAAGUAAAGUCAUAAUAUUUCUCUGCUAUUUUCCUCAGCAGAGUGUUUUAUGUUGCACCAGUUAUUUAAAAGAAGGCAUACUAUUUAUGUCUAACAUGAUGAGUUUAAUGUAAUUUUUUCUGAAAUUGAACUGUUAACAAAUAUUUAAUGUCACAAAGUAUUUGUUUACUUCUAAUGAAACCUUGCUCCAGUGAGGUCAGUGGUAGUAAGAUUUCAUCCUUUUUUUUUGUAACUUUCAGAUAAAACUAUUUACCACUCAUAAGUACAAAUGCAGCCUGAAGUUUUAGUUGGAGUGUGUUACGUGAGACACAUUGUCUUUUAACACUGUUACUUGUGGGAAGAUUGAAUCAGUUCUCUGUGUGUGUGUGUGUGUGUUGCACUUUGACAUGCUCUAGUGGUGAUUAUUUCAGGAAGGGGUUAAAAAAAAACCACUUAAGUUGGGGGAAAAAAGUGUUUUUCCGUCAUCCCAGAGUCUCAGAAGCCCUGGCUGUUCAUGCUGGAGUGAUUGAGAUGGUUCUCAUCCCUAAAGGAUGUUCUUACUUGUGCAACAGAAGCCAUGAAAGAGUAAUGGUGGUGGACAAAGUGGCGUGUCUAGUCCUCAGGCAUUGCUCUUCCUAACCAGCUGCACUGGGAUCUCUUGGUUUCACUCCUUUCACCAGGCUCUACUGCAGCUGGGAAGAGCUGAUUUGUGAUCUUUAUUGGAUUUGGCUGUGACGGUUCUAAUUGUCAGUCACUGUAAUCUCUUUAUUCCCUUCUGCUAAAUUCACUAAGAUUCAUGAGUUGGAUCUCACAGAAAUUAUUUUAUUUCUAAGUGUACAUGUUCCAUUGAUGUAAAAUACCAGGAAAAUAAUGACCUUUUUAAAUGUUGAAGGAGAAUUUUAAAUGCUCUUCAGUACGUUUUAAACAAGGAAACUCAUUGCAGAAGCACUUGGAUAUGAGGGUUGACUCUUUAGGUUCACUGCAAAGAGUUGGAAAUUAAUUUUUUUUGAGCUCUUGAGGAAUAAAAAUACUGUGAUUAGUUCUUGUUUGAUGCAGAUGAUUCUGUUUAGCCUUCAGCAAAAUGGGUUCCAGUAUUGACUAGGUUGUCUAGUGCUCUACAGACUAACAGUCUAGCAAUCACAAGUGUGCCUUUAGGCAACACUGAGGCUAUGUACAUUUGUUUCCAGAUUGUUUUGCAAAGGGAAAAAUAAGUAAAUAAAUUAUCAUACAACCUGUAGUUUACUAAGCAGAAAAGCUUCUAAGGAAUCUGUCUAAGGAUGUGGUAUAGAUAUGGUAUAUUUAUUUUGACUGCUUCCCUCAUUAGAAAAUAAAUAUCUUCGCCACAUUCUUAUUCAGAUUUUAAAUACCAUGUUCUAAACAUGAAAGUAUUAUUCUUAAACUAAAUUGUCCAAAAUUACUGCAUCAUAACCUGCAUGUUUUGAUGUGUUUAGUGGGCUUGUAUUUUAUUUACAAAUACAAUUCCAGAGGUAAAACUGCAAAAUUUUAAAGUUUUUAACUUACAAGGGUAUUUGGACUCACAUAUUUUUAAAAGAAUAUGAAGGUAGAUAUACAAGAUUCUGCAGAUUUUUUUUUUUUCUCUACAACACUGUGCUGUAGAAUUUUUUUAUAACUUGACCGGGUCUAAAACACUGGAAAAAUAAUUCUGAAGAGGCAGGGUUUUUGAGUACACAGGCAAAUUUCCAGGAUUCUGUCUGUAGAAUCUCAUUUUUUUUUAAAUGAAAUAAACGAGUCUUUCUUUGUGGUAUGGAACUGACCAAUUUGAUUUUUUAUUUAAAAUAGAACUUCACAUUGUUGAAAGAUGAAAGUAUUCUGGAAAUAAUGCUGCAAACUUUACAAUUUACAUAUGCAUGCUGUUCAUUCUGUGAACUGCUAUGGUGGUGAACUUACCUGAAAUGUUCAGUGGAUUUCUGGAACAACGUUUCAGCAAGUUAAUGAUUUCAGUUAUUUCAGUUCUGUGAUCCAUGUACUUAAAGUUUAGGCUUCUGCUGAAGUCACUUUAUGAACUUGAGUCACUGUCUGUCUUAGUUGUAUGUCCUAACUGAGCUUCUGUUUAAAAGGGCUGAAAGCCUAAGCAUUUUGUAAGUUUACCUGGUUAAGUGUGUAUUGAAUUGACUGUAUGUAAGUGCAUACUUAAAUUAGGCAUAUGCUUAUGUACAGUACUGACCAAGGAUCUGAGUUAGCAUGCAGGCACACCACUAUCAGAGCCGUUUCUGUCAUUGGAUUUAAUUGUGCCCUGUCUCUUGAUCCAUAGAAACCUGCAUGAGUAGCUGUUGGAUUGCAAGAUGCUCACUGUUCAGGAUAAGUUCUGGUUCAUUAGUCAUUUGAAAACACAUUCAUACUUCGAUUUUCAGAAGAACUGGUACAUAAUUCUAUGCCUAAUUUGCAUGCACAUCUGCUGGAACUGUAUAUUCAAAAGCCUGUUAGUAGGCCUGCAUAUUAGGCAGGGUGUGCAAAGUACCCAAUACUUUUGAGCAGUCAGGCAAAUCAGGUACAUCUCAUUGCAUGCCUGACUUCAAAACAAGAUCUGUUAAGAGUGCUGAACAUUGUGGUGGUGGCUUAGAUUCAUGCAUGUCUUUUAAAAAAGCCCUGGAAUUCAUUAUUGCACAGUUAACUCCUAAGUGCUAAUAAUUUUCCUGUUUCUCUCCCUUAGAGAGCAAAGUCAAGUGGUUUCUUACAUGUUAAGGAGCAAGGUCAAAUUUUAACAUAAAUAAAAUUAAUGUAAAUAGGAAGCAUGAAAAAAAAAAAGGGUACUGUUAUUUUAUCUGUUCUGUUCCACCCAUGCUGCGUGUAAAUUAAGUUUCAUUUAGAUUUGUUUUGUCAUUCAGUCGUAUUCAGCUGUAACCCAGACUUUCCCACAGAUCUGUAGAGCAGGUUUGCAGCACUUGUUUCUUUUCAUUUUUUAAAGUAGUAUGUUUUCUGUGGUGUCAGUUGGAACUCAUCGCUAAACCUGCAUGGUGUUUUGAAACCUACCUCAAAUUUUCCUUUAUGAUAAGCAUAUAUAUUAAUCUUCAAAUUUUGGAUUUAGAUGUUUUGUAGUUAAAAUGUACAGUUUGAAUCAAGACAGGAAACCACUAGCACAGCUUUUUAUAUAUUAUUUAACUAUUAAAACAAUGUUUUUAUUAAGAUCAAUGGGGUAAUAGCAAAGGACUCAGUUGGGUACCAUAUAUACAGCUGUGCCAGUAAUUUUAAACAGAUCAUGGAUACCUAGUGCAGUUAGGACUUCUUUCACUAGUUUUUUAGUUUAAAUGUUUGUGCCAGUUUUAAUCCCUUUGUGUUUCAAAUUCAAAUUGUACAUUUAAUUGUAAUCAUUAAUUGUUUAGCUAUUAAUAUUUUGAUUUUUUUGGAGAUUUUUUGGGGGGUUCAUUUAGUAGUCUAAUCAUGGCUAACAUUCAAUGAAACCUACAUUUAAUUCAGAUUAGUUCUUACUUAAACUUUCAGCAUGACAGGAGGACUAUAAUCAGGUUAAAAUAACAGGAAGUACCUAUGUUGGGAAAAUAGAGCCUGCUUAGCCUGAUUUUCUCCAAUCUCAGUAUAUUAGAGUUAGCUUACCAGUUUCAGAUAAACUGAGGUGACUAGAAUGUGAGAGAGUACAGAUCUUUAGUUUUUUCUAUUCUUCCUUCCUCCACCUUCAGCUCCACUUGUAGUAUGUAUUCUGUGCAGUCACAGUAGUUCAGUAGUUUAUUAUUUAUGUUUUAUUUAUUUUUACAUUCUAAGUAGGUAGCACAAGAGGAGUAAAGAAAAGCACAGAUUUCAGUCAGCACAUACUUUUUUUUUCUUUUUUUUCUUUUUUUCCCUUUUUUUUUUACUUUUUUUCUUUUUUUUUUUUUUUUUUUUUUGUUUUCUUUCUUUUACUGAUUUGGUUAUUUGCCAUUUCUGGGGAUUAAACUUUAAAAAAUGUUCUUCUUUUCUGUAUCUGAUGUUCUGUGUGCUAUUAGUGAUGCAGCCAACACGAACGGUUGUCAUGUGUAAAACAACUUUCGAUCACCGCGAAAACACCGCCCUGGGAAAGCGUCCAUGCUUGAUAUCGUUUGGUUCAUGAACGUUAAGUUUCCAGUACAGGUAAAAUCCCAGAUGAAGCCAAAGCCCUCUCUCUAUUGGCGCCUGCUCCUACUAUGACAAGUCUGAUGCCUGGUGCAGGGUUGCUUCCUAUACCUACACCAACACCCUUGACUACACUUGGUGUUUCACUUGGUACUUUGGGGGCUAUACCAGCAGCAGCAUUGGAUCCUAACAUUACAGCACUGGGAGAAAUACCACAACCACCAAUUAUGGGAAAUGUGGAUCCAUCCAAAAUUGAUGAAAUCAGGAGAACAGUCUAUGUGGGAAACUUGAAUUCCCAGACUACAACAGCAGAUCAGCUGCUUGAAUUCUUCAAGCAAGUUGGAGAAGUCAAAUUUGUGCGAAUGGCAGGUGAUGAGACGCAACCAACACGAUUUGCUUUUGUGGAAUUUGCAGACCAAAAUUCUGUACCUCGAGCCCUUGCCUUUAAUGGAGUUAUGUUUGGAGACCGGCCACUGAAGAUAAAUCACUCUAAUAAUGCAAUAGUGAAACCUCCUGAAAUGACACCACAAGCUGCUGCUAAGGAGCUAGAAGAAGUGAUGAAGAGAGUAAGAGAAGCCCAGUCUUUUAUAUCUGCUGCUAUUGAGCCAGAGUCUGGAAAGAGCAGUGAAAGAAAAGGCGGUCGAUCUCGUUCCCAUUCUCGUUCAGAAUCCAGGUCUAGCUCAAAAUCCCGAUCUAGAAGGAAAAGGUCACACUCAAAACACAGAAGUAGAUCUGGCAACAGGUCUCUCUCAAGACACAAGGACCGACGCAGAUCCAGAAGUCCCCUGAAAAAACGAUCUAGAUCUACAGAAAGACGGAAAUCCAGAAGUCGCUCUCGUUCUCGGGACAAGAAAAGAGACAAAGAAAAGAUCAAGGAAAAAGAAAAGGCCAAAGAAAAAGAGAAAGACAGAGACCGAGACAAGGAGAAGGAUAGGGAUCGAGACAAAGACAGGGAAAGAGAGCGAGAUAAAGAGAGAAAUAGGGAGAAGGACAAGGAGAGAGAUAAAGAGCGAAGCAAAGAUAGAGAGAGAGCCCGAGACAAAGAUAGGGACAGGGACAAGGAUAAAGACAGGGACAGGGAAAAGGAAAAAGAUAAAGAUAAGGAAAAAGACAAGGAAGAGGUAGAUCAGAACAAAGAAAAAGAAGAUACUGAGAAAGAAAGAGAGAAGGACAGAGACAAGAAUAAGGAAAAGGAGGGAGAUAAGGACAAAGGAGGGGACAAAGAAAAGGACAGAGACAAAGAAAAGGAAAAAGAUGGGGAUAAGGAGAAGGAGCGAGAAAAAGAGAGAGAUGAUAAAAAGAAGAAAGAUAAGAGAUCCAGAACACCCCCAAGAAGCUAUAGCUCCUCAAGAAGAUCUCGUAGCUCCAGCAGAGAACGACGUAAAAGGAAGAGCAGAAGUCCCUCCAAAUCUCCUAAAACAUCAAAAACAGCAAAAAGAAAGUCUUCACGAACUCCUUCUCCAAGAAGAAACAAGAAAGAAAAAAAGAGAGAGAGAGAUACAAAUAAUGAAAGAAGAGAAAGAGAACGCUCCACUUCCAAGAAAAAAAGUAGUAAAGAAAAAGAGGGAAAGGAGAAAUCUGACAAAAGCGCCACUACUUUAAAGGACAAAGAUAACAGUAAAGAAGAUCAGAAUUCAGAAACUGACAAGGAAGUAGACAGUAGAGAUACACAAAGGACAGAUGAAGUCAAGCUACAACAGAAUGGGAACUGUCAACCAAAUGAAGAAAACCUCUCAAUUAAAAUGGAAGAGGUUUAAAGCAAAGAGUGGACUUCUAAUGUAACUAAGGAAUGAAAUCCAAAGCAUUUAAUUUCCCAAAAUGAGGAAGAAAAUGUCAAAGCAAUCAACCUGAAUGUGUUGAUAGUACUAGUAGCUCCUCCAAUUCUUGUGAUAGCUUUGUUGUCUUCUUGCUGUAAAGCAAGAGAGCACAGACCAGUAGUUAAUACCAUGAAAAGGCAGAUGCCAUCAGAACUAUUCAUCUCUGAAAAUCCAUGCAUUUCCAUGAUGGCUGUACUUGUAAAAUGAUUUGUGUUAAGUUUUGCUAUGAGCUGUUACAAAUAACUAGACUCUGAAAGAUGUAAGCCUGUACUUCCCAAAAAAAGCUGAAGAUAUGCAUUGAAGGUUGUUUAUUAUACUGCUUGUUGAUGACUUUUGUAUUGUUUUGCCCUGUAGGUUAAAAGAUCCACAAAAACUUUAAUGUGUGCUGUUUGAUGUGCUUGAAAAUGGUGCAUAAAUAUACACACUUUCUUUCCUUGUAAAUGACAACUGUAGGGAAAGGGGAUUUAAACAUAAACAUGGUUUUACUGUUCUUAUGUUAAAUACUCACAUAUUAGUAUGUUUAUUUGCUCACUGCUUGAGAUUCUUAGGGUUUAUUAUUUAAAAUAAUUUCUUACUAAUAUCCCUCAAAUUGAUAUUUCUUUUAAAGUAUUUGAAUAAUGCAUGCGCUUUUUCUGUUUCUAGAAGGAACAUUGCCAUGGUAUAGAUGUUAGGUUAGCUUACAGGGUUAUUUUGGAGUUGUUCUGUUUUGUUGUUUUCUUUGUCCUUAGAGAAGCAAGCACAUCUAUAUGAUGAUGCCAGAACUUACAGCUUUGUUUUGCAAUGUACUGCAGUGUGUCUGUUCAGCUGAAAAUAGUACAGGUGCCAUUAAGAAGAUAAAUUUUUCCUUUUUGUUAAAAAAAUACGGGAGCACAAGCAGAAGCUUUAGUGCCUUCUUAAAAUGCGGUAUUUUCUAGAAAUGUAUGUGUGCUGUUACACAUUUUCAGCUAAAUCUUAUAUGAUCUCUCUUGCUACUUUGUCACCACCUUACUGUAGACAAAAAUGCAAAUGACUUGCCAGAAUGGUUGUUUGAUUCACUUGUUAAAAUAGUGAAGCUCCAUUUUGCUUUUAUUUUUUAUUCUUAGAAGAGAUUUAUAAAUAAGAGAAAAGAUUUAAUUUGGGGACCACCACUGUACAAAGUAGUAGCUGAAUACAGUGUGCUCUGAUCACUUGCAUCAAAGAAAGCCCUUAAGACAUUUAAUAUAUAUUUGGAUGGCCUUAAUUGUUACCUCUCUGUUAUUUUCUCUGAUACCUGUUGGGCAAUAUAAUAGGAAUGGCAUGCAAAGAAAUGGGGGAUAAAUAAUUUAAGGAAGAAAGUUCUAAUUUACGUUGGGCUUACAUAGUAGACAUUCUUUUUUUUUUUUUUUUCUUUUUUUUGAGGAGAAAGCAUGCAAGAAGAGAAUGACAGAAGUGUUUUUGUCAUGGAAAAAUAUGGCUUUUAUUUUCUGAAGUAAUUUUAUUGGUUACAUGAGAUUUCUGAUAAGUUACACUUUGAAGAUAUACCUAAAAUCGCAUAGAUUAUUUUUACUAUAACGUAAUGCAGUUAAAUUACUUUCUUGCCUUACCUCAUGGGAAGUGUUAUUUCUUUCAGUCAAAAUAAAAAACUAAGUGUAUUGGC